AUGGUUCAAGUAAACGGAAGGUGCGAUCCUAAGUUUCAAGGGGUCAGCAAGAAAUUUCAAGAACUUCUCGAAUCUGGACAAGAACUGGGAGCUUCCCUUACUGUCAAAAUCGAUGGCGAACAGGUUGUCAACAUAUGGGGAGGCUAUGCAGACGCCAAGCGCACCCGCCCCUGGAACGAAGACACAAUUGUCAACGUCUUUUCAACGACUAAGACCAUUUCUGCCCUUGCCGUUCUUCUUCUCAUCAACGACGGAGAACUCUCCCCGUACGACAAAGUAUCGAAAUACUGGCCAGAGUUCGCUGUGAACGGGAAAGAAAACAUCGAAGUCCGUCACCUGCUAUCACAUACUUCGGGUCUUGCAGUCUUCGAGGAUCCAAUCACGAUGCAAGAGUUGUGCGACUUCGAUGCAACCGUCUCAAGGCUGGAGAAGCAGCCGCCACGCUGGGAACCGGGCACAGCUUCGGGGUACCACACCUGGACGUAUGGUUACCUGAUCGGAGAGCUUGUGCGCCGGAAGACAGGAUUGACUCUUCGUGAGUUUGUGGCUCAAAAAAUCGCAGCCCCCCUCAAUGCCGACUUCCAGAUUGGCGCCAAGGAGGAAGACUGGCCCCGUAUCGCAGAACUGGUCCCUCCUCCCCUUCCUCCUGCCAACUUCAUAUCGCCGCCUAAGGUGGACCCCGACUCUAUGUCAGCUAAAAUGAUGAAUCCUACUCCGGACGCUAGUUUCGCCCACACAGAGCUAUGGAGAAGAGCAGAUAUCGGCGCCGCAAACGGUCACUCGAACAGUCAAGCGAUCGCCAAAAUAUGGUCAAGAGCCCUCACGGUUGCUGACGAAAGCCAAAGGCUACUUUCGAAAGAAACAAUUGAUCUCAUCUUCACUGAGCAGUCAUACGGUCCCGACCUUUGCUUCGGUAUCCCCAUCCGGUUUGGAACUGGUCUCGGUAUCAGAGGAAACGGCGAUGCGGUCGUUGACUCUUGGAUACCUGAGGGCAGGCUUUGCUUCUGGGGAGGUUGGGGCGGUUCAAUCAUCAUCAAUGACGUUGAUCGCCAUAUUACUAUUGCCUACGCAAUGAACAAGAUGGACCCUGGCACUGCAGGAAAUGGUGCUGUGAGGUCUUACGUUGCGGAGAUUUACAAGGCUUUAGGGGUGCCUAUUUCAAAUGCGAAUGGUAAGCCAUGA